AUGAAUGGUCUUCGUCCAUCGUUAUCAAUUGAAACACGGAGAAAUUACCCUAAAACAACACAAGAAUUUUUAUCUCAAGCUAAAAUUGCUGAAGAUCUUACAUCAUUAAAUACUACUUUUAUUAAUCAAUCUAUGAUUCAUGAUGAUUCACAUCCAUCUAUUUCAUCAUCUUAUUCUAAUUCAACUAAUUAUACAUCAACAAAUGAAUUUAAUGAUUAUAAUACAAAUUCUAUGGUUAACAAUGAUUAUUAUAAUAAUAGCUAUUCGUACGAUAAUAAUUAUUCAUACGAUAACAAUUAUUCACCUGAUAAUAAUAAUAAUAAUCAACAUCAUUAUUUAAACCGGAUUUUUAAACCAUCUUCUUCUAAUUCGUAUGAUAGAAAUCAAUCUUCAACUUCACUUCGUCAAUCAUUUAAUGGUAAACCAUCAUCAAAUCUUUCUUCAUCAUCCUUUAACAAUAAAACAUAUCGAAAUAAUAAUCCUAAACAACCACAACCAUUUCAACGUUGUUCAAUUUGUGGUGCUUUAGAUCAUAUAGCUCGUCAUUGUCACCGUUUCGGAAAGCGAAGUCAAUGA